AUGGCUUCGAAACACGCGAGUGGCUCGCGCGAGCCCGUGCCUCCCUACUCGUUGGCACCACUCCUCUUUCCGACCCUUCCGAACGAUGUCAGCGCAGACAACAUCAACUCGGAGUCGCCAGCUGCGAUCCAAGAGAGCUCGCAGUGGGCCAUUCGCUGCUCAGAAUCGGAUGGCGCCUUUCUCUACAUCGGCACAUCCAACGGGCUGAUUCAUUCUUUCCAAAUCAGCUCAGCACGCGCCGUCAACUCAGCACAAUCCUCAUCAGAUACACACUCGACAAUCAAGUACAGCUUGAAGCACAGUCGAUCGAUCUCCAGCCACGCAAAGCCAGUCGAAAGAAUCGUGCUGCUGCGGCAUUUCAAUGCUGCUGCAGUGCUCUGCGAGGGAGUGGUCUCCUUCUUCUCACUCCCCGAAUGGUCGCCAAUACGAAGCUUGCCAUCCACAAGAGCGGUCAGCACCGUCAUUCUGGACGACGAAGAAGCUGAGCAUGGCUCAGGCACGGACGCGGCUGGCAUGAUCAGCAUCUGCAUCGUGCGAAGAAAGAACAUCAUCCUCGGCAAGAUUGGUGCAGAGGGCCGUUCCGGUCUUCAGUGGGCCACCGUCAAGGAAAUUGCUCUCCCAGGAGGCGCCAUCUUUGCUCGCCGCUUCGCUGACACUCUUUGUAUCGCCAACGCCACCGAGUACAGCCUCGUCAAUCUGUCCACCGGCCACAUUACUCCCUUGCACCUGCCCAUCAGUCAGACGGGCGAGUCUCCCUCUGCUCAAGUCAGGCCAAGCAUCGUCACUGUUCCCGUGCAACCACCCAAAAGCAGAGAAGGAAGCCUCUCGCCAGUCGUCGACCGCUCCACUUCCACAUCUGCACCCGUCAAGUGCGAGUUCCUCGUCACCUCUCACAGCGGCUCCAUCACCCUCGGUGUCUUCGUCAAGCCCUCAGGCGAGCCGGCACCAAAGUUGCUCGAGUGGCCUUCUCAUCCUCGUUCGGUCACAUACGACGGCAAGCAUCUCGUCUCGUUGCUGCGGAAUGACACUGUCGAGAUCCAUGACUUCGGCCAAGACUCGGUCGACAAGGUCCAAACGAUCCAGCUACCCCCUGGCCUAGAUCCACGAUUUUUACAGCCAGUGCAAGAUCCGUCUCUUUUCUUGCCGUCGCAAAAAAAGGGCGAGUCUGGGUCGGGAGAAGCGCCCAGAGACGAUCUGGACUCCGUCAAGGUAUCUCUGAGCCAGCUUAGCAGCCCGGAUGUGCCGGUACUGCGACGCGCGGUGGAGCACGCGGGGGCAGCUUCCUCGUCGCAGCGCCAAAUUCUUCUAUGCGGCCGCAACUCGACAUCUGCCGUGCAGCAAGACCCUCUCUUGAGCUGGGCCAUACAACAAUUGCAUCACGGCCGACUCCGCACCUUGCGGCAGGAUCUGGAAUCGUAUAGAUCUCGUAGAAAGGCGACGCAAGAGGGGGCUCAAGUCUCGCGCGUCUCGCUCGAGGCUUCGUCCGCACAUGCACUGCUGGGUAUUGAGCUGCUGUAUCGAACCGAUUUCGUCGCAGCUGGCAACAUCCUGCGCCACGCCCACCUGGAUCCGCGCUUGUUUCUGGCGCUCUUCCCAUCUUUGCAGCAAGAGCCGCUAUCCCAGAAGGAAGCUGUCAUGCCUGCCGUCGUGCUCGCCAGCCUCGACAAGCUGAAGCACGACGAUGGCGAGAGGCUGCGGAAUAUAGAGCAGAUAGUUGACGCAAAUCUCGCCCUCAACUACUCCCCAGCCAUGGACGUGACGACUGACGACACCCUGCUUCAGCUCAAGCAAGAGCUGCUGCAAAGAUCCGACGAGAUGCUGCGAUCGUUGCUGGAAGCGUGGCGCUUGGAUUCAGCCGCUGCUUCAGCCGCUCAAAGCGCGGUUGAUUCGCCUUUCUGGGCCGGAACCUUGAUGGACGAGCAGAUGGUGGCUAACGUCAAUUCUCGUGUUGACUCGGCAUACCUUCAAAUGAUUGCAGAGCGACGCGGUACGGUCGAGCGGGAGGACGCUGCGGUCGAAGCUGAGCUCGCGGCCUUCCUUUCGUCCAAGCAUGCUUGCGAGCCCGCGCAGGUCCGGAACGUCCUCGAGUCGAAGCACUUCUACAGCCUACUCGCUGAACACCACGAGCUUUCCGGCGACGUCGAGGGUGCCUUGAAGAUCUGGACUGCCCUUGUCGAUGGAAAGCUUACCGACACCCUCAAGAAGUCACCAGACGUGCCAGCAGCAUUGUCCAAAGUGGCGACGCUGCUCAAGGAACAGAACGAUCCCAAUUUGCUGUCGACAUACGGUCGUUGGCUUGUGCGCAAGGACCCGGAGGCUGGCAUUCGUAUUCUCACCAAGCAAACAGCGAUACCUGCAGCAGACUCGUCGCAGAAGUCGACUGUACGGAGCAAGGCGCAGGAACUGGAGGUCAUCCAAACACAGAAAGCGACGAUCGACGAGUUGCGCGACAUCGAUGCGGAUGCGGCGACAAAGUACCUCGAGGCCGUCGCACUAUCGACAUCCAAAGUACAAGACGAGCAGAUGCAUCGCGAUCUGGCUUUAGCACUGCUCCGCCGUGUCGAGCAGCACCUCAACGAUGACGCUUACCGCCAGAAAAUGGAUGCCGUGGCACAAGAGUAUACACAUGGCUCGUAUGCGGAAUCCUUCUUUGCUCAUCUCGCGCUCGCUAGCGAUGGUUCGCCGAGAGAGCUGGAUCGCCUCAAGCUGGCGAUGCUGCUGCAAGGCUCGACGGUGCUGGAUCAUCGAUCGCUGCUGGACAUGAUUGCGCCGCUAGAGGCACUCGACUACGAGAAGGCCAUCAUCUUUGGCAAGCUCGGGCGCGACUCCGAAGCCUUGUCCUUGCUUGCGGUCAAGCUCCGAGACGCCAACAGUGCUGAAGCGUACUGCUCCCAAGACGGCGAAGUGCUCUCACCGAUGCUGGCCACCUCGAUCGCCGAGGACCACAAGGAUUUGCAGCCGUUCGCUGCAAUGUUGAGCCGCACCUAUGCGCAGCGCGUCAAGGCACACGCCAAGGCAACGGCACAGCGAGAGCUCUCUGCUACACAACGCAAAGAGGAGCUUCUGAAGCAGCUGCUCUCGGUCUACAUGGCCAAUGGUGCCGAAGAAAAAUUCCGUAUCGCGACAGCACACCUGCUCAACACGCAGGCUCUCCACCUGGACAAUCGCGAGGUGCUGGAGCUCGUGCCCAAGGACUGGCCGUUGCAGACGCUCGAGACAUUCCUGACGCAGAGCCUCCGCCGACAGCUGCAUCGUCGACGCGAGAUGCAGAUGCUGCGCAACAUUGCCAAGUGUCGCCGCUUGGAUGUGGCCGAGGAUCUGUGGGCGAGGCAACGGGCGAUGGGAGGUCUUCUGCAAGACACGGAACUCGAUGGCGGCGAUGGUGCAGGCGGGGAUACUUCAGCACCUGGAAAUGACGAGAUGAGCUAUUCAGAUUGGAAGGAGGGCGAUGCAUUUGUAGGAGACGCUGUCACCAGCGAGAAGAAGCCGAUUCAGCAACGAAGAGACCAGCUGGACGUAUCGAAGGAAGCGAGGAUCGACAGCGUCCACGCCGGCUAUCAAUUGCCACCAUCAUCUGCCGUCGUUCACGGCGACGAGGACGAUUCUGUCGACCUGACAUGA